UCUGCUGCUAUGAGCUUUAUUUUGAAUAGAUAUCUUCUCGUCAGCUGAUUGAAAACGGGAUGGCGGAGGAGCCAGACGCCGGUGUUUCUUCACGGGCUCAAAGGAAAGCAUUGAGCAAGGCCAAAAUACUGCAGAGGGAGAGCGAGAGGGAGGUUUUCAGACUGGUCGGGAGGGUCCUGAAGAAACCGGAGGCUGAGCGGUCGGAGGAGGAGGCCGCUGCGCUACUGCUGCACAGAGAUACUGUGGAGGAGCUCUGCAAGAGACAAGUCCGCAGAAAUGUGCUCAAGAGGAAACAGGAAGAGGUGUUUGAUGGUGCUGAUGAGCUGAAAAGUAAAGUCAGGCAGCUCGCUGUGGCAGUCAAGCAAGCCAGUCACCUCGUGGUUUACACUGGAGCUGGUAUCAGCACGGCAGCUUCUAUCCCUGACUACAGGGGCCCUAAUGGAGUAUGGACGCAGCUACAGAAGGGUCGGGCCAUUAGCUCAUCAGACCUGAGUAAAGCAGAGCCGACACUCACGCACAUGUGCAUUAAGAUGCUUCACAAGGAAAAGCUGGUGAAGCACGUUGUGUCUCAGAACUGCGAUGGACUUCACCUGCGUAGCGGUCUACCCAGACACGCCCUGUCUGAGCUCCAUGGCAACAUGUUUAUUGAGGUGUGCAUGUCUUGCUCCCCAGUCAGAGAGUACAUCCGUUUGUUUGACGUGACGGAGCGAACGUCGCUACACCGCCAUGGGACCGGCCGCAAAUGCAGCCACUGUGGAGGCGAACUCAGAGACACCAUAGUGCACUUUGGGGAGCGCGGGACCCUCGAGCAGCCUCUCAACUGGAGGGGAGCGACAGAAGCUGCCAAGAUGGCGGAUGUUAUCCUCUGCUUAGGUUCCAGUCUGAAGGUGCUGAAGAAAUACACUUCUCUGUGGUGCAUGAGCCGACCAGCAAGCAAAAGGCCCAAACUCUACAUUGUCAACCUCCAGUGGACACCAAAAGAUGAUCUGGCUAUGCUGAAAAUUCAUGGCAAGUGUGACGACGUCAUGCGACUCCUCAUGAAGGAGCUGAACAUUCAGAUUCCUGCAUAUAACAGGACAGACGAUCCCAUCUUCAGUCUGGCUACACCUCUAAGGCCUGAAGAGAUGGAAAGCCACUCUCGUGAGAUUAUAGCGCCGCCUGAUGGACGGGAUGAAAGCUCAGAUGACCCUGAGGAGCAGAAGACCACAUCUGUGCAGGGUGGCUGGUUCGGACGGGGGUACGGCAAAGGAAGGCAGAAGAAGAAAAAAGUGGUGUGAUCGAGGGAACUUUUAUGGACUUUGUGGUCAGUCACUGCCAGUGAUUUAUCCCAGUGAGGGAUUUGAGUUUCAGUCCUAUGAUGAUGGCAAGUUGGACUUGAAGCUUUAGGGUGCUGUUUUGUAGGACUGUGUAUUUGUCAUUAGAAAAAUGGCACUUUGCAUCAGGAAACAAUUAUGUUGUACAGCAUACAUUUUUUUGAGUGACAGCAGGGUUCGGAGAGGGCUUUUGUUAAGCAGCUGAUGUUUCUGUCUUCAUGGCAGCUAAGCCAGCAGGGUUAGUUAGAGCCAAAUAUUAGCGCAGUGUUGCUAGGAUAUCAUAAAAAAUGAAUGAACUGAAUAUUUUUUUCCCUAAAAGGGUCAGUAAAUGAGUUUCAUCAUCACCACAGAAGUCCUGUAAUCAGACUGGAUCAUAUGUUUGAAAACAGUCCUCCAAUUUUAUGAAUUUUCCUUAUCUCCAUCUGUCUGAUCAUCUCACAAAUACAAUAUCACAAUAUUUUUACUCAGGAGGGUUUUUUUGGGGGGGGGGGGGGGGAUUAUCACUUUAAUCUUCAUUUGAGGUGUUUUUUCACCAGAUUGGUAACAGGUGCUUUAUAGAGUCCAACCGACGUUGCUGAUAUUAGUGAUUUGCCGAGAUAUGUGUUUAUAUAUAAUGGCCGAGAGAUGAAAUUUUUAAAGAGACUAGAGAAAUGCCCUUCAGUCACGUUGUAAGUAUUGAUGUUGAAUUGUCCACCAGAGGGCAGUCUGCAGCUUCCCCUUUGACAAACAGCUGUGCCACAAACACAAUAACCAGCUGUUCAAAGAAGAGUCAGGCAAAAGUAACAAAGUAAUCCACGAGUCAUUGUGACAUUAAAAUGAGAUUAUUUUGAAACUUCAUUGUCAUAUUAUCUUAAUAAGGCCUCAUAAAUAAUACAUAACAAAUGCAAGGGAAAUCUGUUGGUUUCAUAGGUCAGAAAGUUUUAAAAAAUUACAUAAUAUUGGUAUCUGUCUUAAAGUUUUUAUACUGGUUGGGCUCUAGUGCUGUGCAGUGUAUCAUUUCCAUUCUGCUGGUUAGUAUAAGUUUGAUGUUGAUGCUUGUUAAAAUGCAGGUGUCUACGUUACUUUAUAAAUACUUGCAGGGAAAGUUGUCUUUCAGUAGAACAUGAGUGGCUUUGGCAAAUAUCGGCAGAACAACAGCAGCUUACCAAAAGUCCAUUUUGAAUUAUGCUUUUCUACAUCUUACACAUGUACUGCUAAAAGUAGAAUAUAUUUUUGUAGUAUUUGUUUUUUUUGUAUGUUCAGGACUUCCAUUUUUUUUGUUUUUUUUUUCCUGCUAUAUAGCAUCUUUGUGUUGAUGUUUAUUUUAAAGGUUUAUGAUGGCCUUACUAAAUUAUUGUGCCCUUGGCUCUGCUGUAACCCUUCCUCAGGUUUGCAGGCUGUGUAGUACAGCCGCUACUGUAUCUCGGUUUACUGAAGUUGUUGGGUUUAUUUUAUGUUUACACUUUUAUGUCCUUUUGUUUACAGCAGUGUAGGAAGGUAAGCUGAAUUUUGAAUUUGAUGUAUCUUGUUAAAUUACUGUUUGCUUAAGUGAUUGGAAACAGCCAGAGUCAUUGUCAUUGUGUUCUGUUAUUUUGUCUCAGGAAGUUCCCUUAGUGUCAAUAAUCACAUCAUGUUUAAUGUAGGGUCACACUUUAUUUAAAACACAAAAAAACAAAAACAAAAAACAGCAGACUACCUUUGAUAAGCUACUGUUGCCAUUCCUGAAACUCAAACCAGUGCUAAACCUGAAUGUGAAGGCUCUUUGGUUUUUGCUGUAUUUUUUUUUCACUCUCUCUCUCACACACUCACUCACACACACACACACACAAAAACAAUUACAUU